AUGGAUGACUCUAUAAUAUGGAAAUGUUUAACCCUUAAAAGCCGUAUGUCCCUUUCAAUGGACAUUGCCUUAAACGCUAUAGAACGAAGGAAUAAAGUCUUUUCUGCAAAAGCUACUGUUUUUAGUGACGAAGACAGUCAUAGUGAAAGUAUGAUGGAACAACAUUAUGCUAAAACAGGUGUCAAACGCCCAAACCUAGCUCUUAGAAUGUAUAGUUUUUCAAGCAAACUUGGUUACUCGGAUAUUGAUAUAUCCUGA